UAUCCAGCUGGAAGGGUUACGCAGGACUUCCACCCAAUGGAAUCAUAAGCUCUUCUCCGGUUCACAGUAUGACUAGCUUCACCAAUGACCAGGUGUUUCACUUUUCCCUUGAUGAGGUCCAGUCGGCCAGGAUUCGCAAUUCAAGGACUCUCAUUGGCCGCCUGUUUACUGAUAGCAGAACCAUGACCGCUGAACUCCGUGAUGCAAUUAACAAGCCAUGGCAAGGUCAAGGCCGAAUCAAGGUGCGGCUGGUUUCUCACGGCCUGUUUGAAUUUGUGCUCCCUAAUGAAGCUGCCAAACAGUGGGUGCUCAAGCAAUCGCCUUGGGUAAUUGCCGACAAAAUUUUACACCUCCAGCCUUGGGUUCCCACCAUCACGCAACGUACCUUUGACGAGCUUGCUGUUGCCCCAUUCAAG